AUGGAGGCUAACUGGUUUCUAUGGCCACCCCGAUACCAACAGCGUGAAGAGAUAUGGACUCUUCUUGAAUCCCUUGGACGAUCAAACACUCUACCUUGGCUGUGUCUGUGUGACUACAAUGAAAUUCUCAGCCAAGCGAAAAAGGCUGGAGGAUGCCUCCGACCUGCCAAGCAGAUGGACCGUUUUCGCAUGGCGAUCUCACAUUGUGGUUUUCUGGACUUGGGCUAUUGUGGAUCUCCAUUCACAUGGUCGCGGAACCAUCCCACUGAGGGUCGCAUUAGCAUACGCCUAGACAGGGCGCUUGCCACCGCUGCAUGGAAAUCCAAAUUCCUCGGAGUAUCAGUUCAACACCUUUCAAUGUCCACCUCAGACCACUCCAUGAUUGCAGUACAUUUGCCACCCUCUAAGACUCGGCUCAAACGUUCUCGACCACCUUUCUGCUUUGAAGCAAUGUGGCUUCGUGACCCACGUUGUGCUGAAAUAGUGAAGGAGGCAUGGAUGGAAGGACCAUACAACCCAAAUGGUGCGCCAAUUAGCAACUGCCUUGAAAGCUGUAGAGCUCGGCUAUCUGCAUGGAACAAAACUGAGUUUGGGCAUGUCGGAAGGCAGAUUGCAAGGUUGGAAAAGGAAUUACAAUCUCUAGAACAACAUCACCAUCCUAACCAUGAAAAGAUUGAAGAGAGGUCCAGACAUUUGUGGAUCACUAAUAGCGACCGAAACACCUCCUUCUUUCACCAAAAAGCUUCUAACUGUAAAGACAGAAACCUCAUCCGAGGCAUUACGGACACAAAUGGGGUAUGGCAAGAGGAUGCUCAGGCUGUGGAAAGUGUUGUUCUAGACUACUUCAACUCCAUUUUUCAGUCCAACGGCCCUACAAACACUGCUCCAGUAACUGCAGCCGUUCAAUGA